AGAGGAGGACAGACACAGCUGGGAACAAAGCCUGCAGUCACCAGUAGCCAAACCCAGCAGGGGAUCUCAGCACUGGCCUUGCCUAACAAGCCGGACACUUCAUUCACUUUCUCUUGCAGAGUGCUGCUGGCUUUGAUGAGAUGGCAGCUCCCACCUCCUCGUAUGAAAAAACAAGACCACUGGAGGCAGGUGAGACAAGAGCUUCCAGUGGCACCAGCAGCCUGCGGUCACGAUUUGAAAACAUGGCUAAGUCAGCAGAGGAGGAGAGCAGAAGGCAGGCAGAGGAGGACCGGGUGAGGCAGCAGGCUCGGGAGUGCCAGGCGGCUCGGCGGAAGGAAGCAAAAAGGGAGGAUGAGGAAACGCCACCCACUUUGCCACCGAGGCCGGCAGAUCUGGGCGAAGAGCUGUGCAAGAUCCCCAGCCAGGAUCAGCCCACCUACAGUGAAAUUUUGGAUGUUGGUGGAGACUAUGAGGAGCUGCCAGAGCCCUCUGAUUACUGUGACAGUACCAAUGGAGGUGCUGACUAUGAGGAGCUGCCAGCACCCUUGGGAAAGCUGGAUACCAACUAUGACCAUGGAGGAGAUGGAGGUGAGGACUAUGAGGAGAUCCUUCCUGAGGAGCCCAGCCAGAGCCAGCCCCACCUGGGGGAACCGGGCGAUGUUUAUGAGGUGGAGAGCCCUGGGACCUGUGCAGUGGCUCUCUAUGAUUACCAAGGAAGGGAUGCCUGGUGCCUGCAGCAGGUGUCUCCCCCUGUGGCCACUUCUGUCCUACUGACAGUGGUGAUGGGGGGAGGUUUGUUCAGCAGCCACCGCUUUGCUCAGGCUCCCACCACUGGCAAAGAUCUCUUCCUGCCUACCAACAUCCCAAAUGUCUACCCGUCCUGUGCAGAGUCUCACUAA